AUGUCGUCGUUAGAGGAGGAAGAGUUGCCUUGUUUCAAAAAAAUACUGUCGCAAUCGAUACAAACUGGAAAACUCGACGCCGAGCAAAAAAUCGACAAUGCUUCGAUAAACCAAGAGGUAAUAACUUUGCAACGUUUUUUUUAAGCAAAAAGUUGAAUUUAGGCCGAGCCACGUACAUCACUCGAUAAUCAAAAGGACGAGGAUCAGAAGAAGAUCGAAGAUGUGCUCAUCGAGCUCGAAGAAUUCGUCGUGCGCGUCUACAAAUGGAUUUCCGUCGCUGUCGCCGUGACUUUUGCUCUUUUCUCUGUCAUUUAUCAGUAUUACUCGUAG